GAUACAUUGCCCUACGUCCUAGUACGGGGGCUGCUCGAUCUCUCCCAUCCUCCCUAGAUCCGAUCCGAUCCGAUCAAUGGGGUGCAUCCCCUCGCGCGCGGCGUCUCGGUCCGCCGCACCAACGUCCACGCCGGCGCCCGCGUCCGCGUCCAAGCCCAGCCCAUGGACCGCUCUACCGCCGGAGCUGCUCCUCGAGGUCUCCGGCCGCCUGCAGCACGCCACCGACUUCGUCCGCUUCCACGCCGUCUGCAGGCCCUGGCGCGACGCGGCCGCGCUGCUCUCCCGGCCCACCUGCCUGCCGUGGGUUCUCACGUCGUGCGACGACCAGAUGCUACACUCCAUCGUCGACUUCCAUCACCCCCUCCAGACGCCGCACGACCAUGACCCGCACGACAUCGUCGUCGUGGAGCCACCAGGGGCGCCACGUACCGACAACAGAAACUGGGUGGCUAGCGCGGAUGGCACGGCUACCUGGCUCUUUGUUGCGAGUCCCCGGCCGAGACUCGUCGACAUUCUUACCGGAGCCGUCAAGCCCUUACCUCCCUUACCGGACGAUGAAGGAAUGUCCAUGGAGAAUUUGCGCGGCGUCGUCUACGGCGAUGGUACUGUUUUUCUCUACAACUUUAUUAAGAGCUUCCCCUCACAGUCCUUUACGGCGGCUAUCCUGUGCCCCGGCAAUGUGACAUGGACGGUCAUGACAAAGAGCAUGAAAUUGUUAGCGCAACCCCAUGCCAUGUAUCAAGAUAGCAAGGUCUUUGUGUUGGAUGGCGAUUCUAUGUGGUGCUUUAUGAUGACGACGGACGAUGUUAACGGCGACGAUCUCGACUCGAGGUGGGGUCUAGACGAGGAUCUAAGCUAUCUUCAUGAAUGCAGCUACAUCUUGGAGUCACACGGUGACAUUGCACAUGAUGCGGAAAGAACCAGCCAGUGGCAAGAUGGAAUGGGUGGAGAGAGACGGACAGAGCCUAGGAGACCACGCCUUGUUCCUUGGAUCUCCCGCUAGCCAUGCAAUGAAGCUGGACGAAGGCGGCGGGAGUGCAUACUUCAUCUUUUGGGGCGGUGUGUUUAGGUACAGCUUUGUUGAUGGCGAAGCCAAGGCCGUGAAGUGGUUGCGUCCUGAUUGCCGUCCUAAGGAGGCAUGUGUGUGGCUUCGCCCCAGCCUAUCAUUUACUCCCAUCAUGGAAAUUAAAGAAAGGCUUGAGGCUCGGAACAACAUGAAAAGGGAAUAACUCCGUAAGUCGAAUGGAGAAACUGUAAUUCAGUAAGUCUGAUUUAGUUUGUCUUGAAUGUUGCUUUAGUUCAGAAUUAUGUAUUUGUAAACAUUUCUUAGUUUUGCUUGAAGGACUGGAAAGCUUAUUCUUUAUGGAGCGUAAA